UAUCCAGGCCUUUGGACUUUGUCCUCGACGGUACACUCCCAGCCCACCAGGACUUCCUGAAUGCUACGUGCUCUGGCUUCUAGCUCUGCAAGAGAAUCAGAGGUCAACAUCAUAUCAUCAACAUAAUGGAACAAGUGUAGAUGCAGAGGUUUGUUCCAGGACACUAAGUCCUGGGCUACCAAACCAUGACAGAGCAUGGACUAUGCAAAUAGCCUUGAGGAUCCAUUAAUGAUGCCUGAAUCAGUCAUAAGGGAGGUUUUGAAAUGGUGAUUGUCUAAUCUUCUACAUCGAUAACUGUUGAUUUCUUGCUAUAAAUAAAUGAAAGGGAGAAAUUUGAAGGGAAGAAUUAUCCUUAUCAAUAUCAAUAUUACUAUAUUGAGAGCAUCUGUUGAAUAUAACAAGAUUGAGUAUGAGACUCAAAUUAAGAAGAUGCAGCUACUGUCAGAAGAUAGCCUGGGAAUAAAAGGUGAACUGAAAAAUGAAGACAGAGAAAAGGUUACAGUGCAGGCAAGAAUGAACUCAGGGGCAGCCAUGUCAAGAGGAUUGUAUCAACCAGCAACAGUCUUUAUGGGCAUCCAAAUGUCAGCUAUCUCAAGCAUUGGAGAUUUCAGUACAGUGCAGAAAUCUCCCCAACCUACAAAGAACUUUUCAAUUCCUGACCCACAUUCACACCAACAGACAGCCCAGAGCUGUAAUGUGACAGACAGCUAUGUAGUAGAAACUAAUAGUGACACACAGUGCUUAAAUAAGUCUCACAAAAUAGAUGGAAAGACAUCUCUUCAGAUUGGUGAGAAAAUGCUAGUCACAGCCAGCGUAUUGUCUGAGGAAAAACAAGCUCAUUGCUUGGAGAUAGGAAGCAACACACAUCAUGGCAAGAAUAAUUUAUCUGAAGGCAAAAAGUCUGCUGAAUUUCAUUCCCUGUUAUGGAAAAGAUUAAGUCCAGAGAACAGAACCACUGAUUUAAAGUGUGACAGUUCCAGCAGAUCAGAGGGAUCAGAGGGAGAAAUUCUGACACAAGAACAUAUUGAAGUCAAGGAAGAAAGAGCCAGACUGCCCGUCUCUCUGAUAUCGGUCUCAGAACACUGUACAUCUGAAAAUAAGUGUUCUCAAGAGAAGCAGUCCGCUGAGGAAGGUUUCUCAGAUCAUCUUCCUCAUGGGGACCCAAAGUCACAGAAGCCCUUCAGAAAAAUGCGGGAAGAGCAGGAGGAGGAAAGUUUGAGCAGCAGUGACCUUACAGUUUCUGUAAGUGAAGAUGAUCUUAUUUUAAAGAGUCCAGAACCACAACCAAAUCCAGGUGACGGGAUGGAGGGAGAAGAUGGAACAGAGGCCUUAAAAUUAAUCCACUGUGAGCAAGAAAGAGAUGCCCCAUCCACUGAAAAACAUAAUUGUAUUUUGCAAACCCUAAGCUUUCCUGAUUCAAAAAAGGAAUCCUCUACUAACUCACCAACAAGACAGCUCUAUAAUCACAGUGGCAUUCUGAAAGAAGACCUUGAAGGCUAUGGAGCAGCUGCCCUUCACCAGCUUCUCAGACUCUCACCUGGAGGUGGCAGCAAUGAAAAGCAAGACAGAUCUGAACAAGCACCGGCCUCAGGCUUAUUAGGGGCACGUUUGGAUCAGCAUGUUGCUGUUUUGAAAGAAUAUGAUAAUUCUAUUAAAGAAGAGGUAGCUAAACUGUCUGAAGUUUUCCCAGUCAAAAAUGUAGACCAGAGGAAAAAGGUAAUAGCAUUACUGAAAAGAGCCCCCACAGAAGAGUGUGAGGAUAGGUCGGCUAUUCACAGUAAUGAAUCAUCUUGCAGCUUGCCAUCUAUUCUGAAUGACAAUAGUGGAAUAAAGGAAGCGAAACCCAAUCUGUGGUUCAACAGAGUUCUUACAAGGGAACAAGACGUUUCAUGGGGCUGCAGAGAUGAGAGCAAGGAAGAAAGCAUGGUAGCCAAGGUUCCAGUCACAGGUUUGAACAUUGGCAGUGGUACAUUGAAGACAAAGACAACUAACAAAAUCACUUCAGAAGAUAGUUUUUCAUCUAGCGAAGGAAGUCCUUUGUCAAGCCAUGAAAACAAAAAGAAACUAACUACCAACUUAAAGUCUAAAGGCUUCAGGAGUGAGUCUGAUGACAGUAACUCAGAAAUUGAAGCUGCUUUACGUCCUAGAAACUAUAACACAUCCAUGGAUGAUUUUGAUGAUUUUUAUGACUAAUA